AUGACCACAACUACGACCAGGAACAACAGCCAAACGUCUGCUGCUUCUUCUGCUGGUCACUUCGGUCUGAGAAACCUGGUAGCUCUGCUGAAGUGUGAAGGACACAGGACUCUCAAUGGCGUGUCCGCCUUCACGCUGACAACCACCGUUCUGCAACAACUCAACACAGAAUGCAGACGACAUAGUCUGGCAGAAAGAGGCGACCCAGACAACACACAGAGAGACAGAAGUGAUACAGAGGCAGGAGAACACCAUUUUGUCUCUGCAAGCAGACGAGAUGACCGGGAGAGGCAAGGCCACAUUACGGAUCGCACAGAAUGGCACUAUGACUUGCAGUUUGUCAAAGAUUUUAUGCAGUUUUCCCCGAAUCUGAAGGUAAAUAAACUCUUCCAUCAAACUCUUGUAUCGUACAUGAUUCUAGGCCACACAAGUACUGUCUAUUUGUCUCGGAGACUCUUCCAUCAAACUCUUGUAUCGUACAUGAUUCUAGGCGAUACAAGUACUGACAUGCUGGAGCUGUGUGGUGGCGAUCUGAGCGCGCCUUCCUCCUGGCCUCAGCUGAAGUUUGUCUCGCUGGUGUUUAACUCUCUGACUGAACUCGAUGACUCGCUGCGGCUGAUGCCGCACGUGCAGGUGCUGGAUUUGAGCCACAACUUGCUGCAGACCUGCGGCCAGUUCCUGGAG